AUGAACAUCAUUCAGAGACGUGAAGAUGUAGAGUUCCAUGAAUUAAUCCAGCCUUUAGCUUUCGAUUCAACUGGGGACUUGGAUGGACUUAUCCUGAAACCUGCUCCGCAGGGUGUUACGAUGCAUUGUUGUAUAACUCGAGACAAACGAGGUGUCGAUGGUGGCAUUUAUCCUUCGUAUUACCUCCAUCUCGAAAAGGAAGAUCGUAAGUUUUUCUUGUUGGCAGCUAGACGCCGUAAACGAUCGACAACUAGCAACUAUGUGAUAUCGUGUGAUGUCACCAAUUUAUCACGGGGUGCAAAGUGUUUAGCUGGCAAACUGCGCUCUAACUUUUUAGGUACUCAAUUUACUGUAUAUGGCAAUGAAUGUAAAACAACAGAAAAUGAAAGUUAUAACCCCGGAAGUAAGAUGCAUAGCUACGUUGUGCCUGGGACAAGCGCUAAAACCCAAAAGUUGCAAGAGCUUGCUGCCAUUAUAUAUGUAUGUAUUUCUAUUCAUCAAUAAUCUUUGUUUUUAAACUGCUGAUUUUUUUAACUGGUCAUUGUUACCAUAGGAACCUUCGAUUCUUUGAAUUAACUGCAUCAUGACUAAAGUAAAAAGUUUGUUUCAGCGAGCUGUGGGAGUUAGAAGAUUGAUUGCAUAUGAC